GGUUGCAGAGUUGUUGGCAAAAUUGGUUGCGCCUAGUUCCACGGCAGAUCUCACGCAAAGGGAUGGCAAUGUCAAUUAGGGUAUAUGCAGGCAAAGUAGAGCGCACAUUCUCUGAUCUCGGUAGAACACAAUCUGCGCGACGUGCCAUAAAAGCUGCGGAUGCUGGGAACUCCACUCGCUUGUCAAGACGCUCACAUGCACACUCAGGUGAAGAGGUUAAGAGGGCACCUCCACUCGCGACAGAGUUUCGUGAUGCAGAUGACCCUCUUGCUGGUCCAGAGGCUCUUUCGCCCGACCACAUUGCCGUCGAAAAUGUGUUGACCAACAUAGAUGCUGUCAAGGCAACAGGAACGGCGAGGAAUGUGAAUGGCAUUUUAUCCGGCAACACUCGGCGCUGGACUCAGUGA